AUAAUGCAUUGCAAUGCCAACGUAGGCAAAUCUGCCACUGGCUAGUUGUCAACAUGGCCACCAGUGUUUGCAAUCCGCUAUCAUAGCUCUUCUCAAUGGGAUGUCAUUUAACUCCACGUAUUUAGCAAAAAGACUUAUCGAACUAGCUAAGCAAGAGAGACGCUUUAAACACCGCGUUCUUUAGGUUCUACAAUACCCAGCCUGUGUCAGUCAAAAUGGCAAGCCCAAGGACCAGAAGAGUUUUGAAGGAAGUGAGAACCCAGGAGGAAAACAACCUUUGCUUUGAGUGUGGGGGCUUCAAUCCUCAGUGGGUGAGUGUGACCUAUGGGAUCUGGAUUUGUUUGGAAUGUUCUGGCAAACACAGAGGCUUGGGAGUACACCUUAGCUUUGUGCGCUCUGUUACCAUGGACAAGUGGAAGGACAUUGAGCUGGAGAAGAUGAAGGCGGGAGGGAACGGAAAGUUUCGUAUGUUUCUGGAACUCCAAGAUGAUUACGAUGCCACCUGGACCAUGCAGGACAAAUAUAACAGCAGACCUGCUGCACUUUUCAGAGACAAGGUUGCAACCAUUGCAGAGGGGAAAGAGUGGUCUAUUGAAACUUCCUCUGCCAAGGACUGGACUCCGCCUCAGGCUAAGACCGGACUUUCGACGUCUCAUCGCUCAGGGGGCCCUGGCCAGAACUCGGGAAACCCUUCAGACAAGGUGUUUGAGGACUGGUUGAGUGACGAUGUGAACUCUUAUCAGAGUGGUGGCGGUUAUAGUGGGAAUCAGGAGAACCGCUAUGUUGGCUUUGGGAAUACACCGACCCCAGAGAAGAAGGAGGAUGAUGUCCUGAACAACGCUCUAUCUUCCAUUUACUCGGGCUGGAGCAAUUUCACAAUCGGAGCAAGCAAAAUUGCAGCAGUCGCCAAAGAUAAUACUGCAAAACUUGCAACCUCAGCAACUCUAAAGUUAAGGGGCUAUAAGCCGCCCCCAGAGCCGGCCACAGAGUUAGGACAGACAUUAAAUGAGAAUGUUAUCAAACCUACCCACGAAAAGGUUAAAGAUGGCAAGUUGCUAGAUGAAAUGUCCGUCGGCAUUACUGGGCUGGCAUCCAAGGUUCAGGAUGCUGGUGCAAAAGGCUGGAAAGACAUGACUGACUUCUUUGCUGGAAAGCCCGAGGACGGGUCAGAAGGAGAGCGCUACCAGAACAUGGACGCCACUGAAGGUUACCAGUUCAACUCAUCAGGCCCAGAACUAGGCCAGGCCCCUGCGCAGGACUUCUGGACGUCCUUUGGCAGCGCCAGCUCCUCCAAGCCCAAGAAGUCCCCAAGCAGCGACAGUUGGACCAACGUCGACAACUCUGCCGCUGAGAAGAAGAGCUCCGACAGCUGGGACAACUGGGACUCGAAGGCGGCAUCCAACAACAAACACAGCACUGGAGACAGCUGGGAGGCCUGGGACAACAACUGGGACAACGCUGCUGGGGGAGAGGCCAAGGGCAAGAAAAGCCCCGCAGCCGCCCCCACCAAACCUGCUGAGGAAACCUGGGACAAUGCAGACUGGUAGAGGCCUCACUCACAAUCCUCCCCAGCUCGAUUUCUCCCUUUUCCUCUACCUUCACCGCCAUUCUCUCUUUCCUUCCUUCUCACAGGCACUUUUACAGUUGCACAGUUCUGUCUCUAACCUGGGUUGAGUUCAAUGCGAGUUCAGUAUGUAUUUAUCACUCAAUAAGAACUAAUUGAAAUGGAAUUGAUCUCAACGCACACUGAGUAUUCCUGAAUAUUUACACAUUUUAAAGGAAGGUUGCAGUCUAUUUAAUUUUGCCUGGAUGUGUAUACAUUUCUUUAAUUCAUUACAGGAGUUAAAUCUAAAUCUAAGUCUAUAGUCUGACAUUUUAAUACAUCAUCCUCAACUAAAGAUGGCGGCAGUCACCUACUCAACCAGUGUUUUUAGAGUGAGAGGAGCCCGGUCUGUCAGUGGUUAUCCCUUGCAAAACGGGGAUUUCAACUUUCUGAGUUUCCACACUCCAUUUAUGCAUAAUGAAAUUGACAAGGAACUGGAAUCCAAUUUAGUGUGCUGUAGUGUAAAGCCAGCAUCCCUUGCACCCCAACAGUGCGGUCUGUGUUGACUAAAACUUACGGUCAAAAUGUUAUUUUGUGUGUCAAUUUACGACUGCAGCUAACCUUGGUAUGAUGAUGCUUAACAUUGUGCAAUGGCGUUAUAUGUAUAAAAUGUAGCCGCUGGAUUCAUGUGAUGCAAGUAUAGUAUUUUACCAAUAUUUUUUUCUUUCCAUUCUCAGCCGUCUUCAUUGAAACCUGAACAGAAAGCUCUUAUGAGUCGGUACGACUUGGUUAUUUUGAUGAGGAACAGGGGAUAAGUACAUUUAGGUUUUAAUACAAUCGAGUCUCAAAAGCGGUUGACAGUGUUAAAGUACUAUUGCACCACCCAAUCAGUGGUUGUCGAUCGCAUGGCAUUAAUCUCAGCAGCUAACUGUAAUAUAAAUGAUAAUGUGUUAAUUUAAUGUGGUAAGCUGUACAAUUAUUGUGUGUGUGUGUUGAGAACUGGACACAUUUGUUUUUGGAGCAGGGACUGUAACUCUGACUCGUGGUUCAUUGCAUGUAAUACUGCCGAACCUGUGGGACCACCACAGCAACCUUCUGUGACCUCAGCAACCUUCUGUGACCUCAGUGGGAUCUAGUAUAGUCUAGUUGCGUCUAUUGUCCUCAACACACACACCAAAAAAAAAAAGAGGCUUUCUCAUUAAGCUGAUCUUUUCAGUCACCAUGUCUGUGUUAAGUGUUGCAUCCAAGUUUUCAUGACAUUUCAUGUUAAAACAGACAAUGGGAAAAGAACACGUCUCAGGCCAGUCAUGUAAGAAUCUUUGAUACGAAUUUCAGUUUGAUACGGACAGUCACUUCUCAAGGAGUGAGGUUGAAUUGUAAAUGAGAACUUGUUCUCAACUUGCCUACCUGGUUAAAUAAAGGUAAAAUAAAAAUAAAUAAAUAAAUACUGCCAAUUUUGAAAGAGCUUUUCGCUGGACUUCUAAGAUGAGUCCGAUGUUUUACAUUGACGUGCAAACUUCAGCCAUGUAAUCCCUUGCCCCUGUUCGAUUUGACAUGUUUUUGUGUUCAUAUGCAGGGGUUAAAUGGGCAUUUCUAUGUCCUCUGAAUUGCUGGCUUUUCCAUAGUCAUUUUUCACAGAUUAGCCUAGUUCCUACUGUUUACUAUCUCCCCUUGUAAUGUCUCACGUUGGAACUCUCAAUUUCACCCUUGUAUCUGUGUGAGAGAGUGGCGUUGCCUAGAUGAUUUUUUUCACUCAUGAAAAAGAGAACAAGGCAAGGCAACUAUUUCUUAAUUGCACCAGAUUGUUGGCAUUUCCUUCCCCUGGCUGUUUUCCUGGUGGAACCACAGCAAUAUGUGCUGAUGUGGCUUGCAUUGUCUUGUGUGAACGAGAAAUGCUUCUGCUAAAUGAGAAACAAAGACUGUCUGAGUUGUUUUCUACACACCAGGAUAACUUUAAUGACUAACUGCAAUGCUUGUGUAGUAGUGCAUGUUUUGCGGUAUUGCACUCUCCCCACCCUCUAUUUUAAUGUUGUGUUACAAGCCUUAAAGAGCUGUCCUCAUAGUCUAUCUAUUGAUAAACCGGUGUCCAUUUGGUUUUAAGUGUGUGUUUGGGUGUGUGUUUUCCGUUAUUAGAUGGACAGCAUGUAUGAUCAAAAGAUAAAAUAUGAACGUAAAACGAGGUGCUGCUGUUUACAGUUUGCCUCCAUAUUUCUGAUGCUUUGACUUUUUUUGUACUAUAUUAAGUUUUAUGACGAAGCACACAGCCUGGAUGGUGAACCAGCCUGAUGGUGAACGUAGCGAUUGGGCUGUCUCCACCAAGCUAAAAUACACAUUCUUAGUCCCAAUUUUGUUAUUUAAAAAAAGAUUAUUCUUCAAUGAAUUCCAGUGUUUUAAUCUAAAGGAUGUUAAAUGUUAGAUAUUAUGUUUUAUAGAUCUACAAGUCUCAGUAGAUCAUUAGGUAUAAAUGUGUUAUGUAACACUUGCAAAUUAAAGAAUCUUCUCAUAUUUUUUUACCAUUGAUGGUAAUGAAGACUUUUCAGCAGUGCGGUUUAGUGAAAUAUAGGCCUAACGCUGAAAAGUACAGUAAACCUUGUGCUUUUAUGUCCAUUCAUGUUUUGACUGCCACAUUGGAGAUUGCCACCCACAAUCUUUAGUCAAGUCAAGUCAAGUCAGUCAACAAAUACUAUUUUUUGAUAUUGUACUUUGUUUCCUAAUGUGUAACUAUGGUUUGGAGAUGAAUUUUUUUUUUUUU